AUGCACGAGGGUCAACAAGGCGUUAAGGCCGCAGAGCUGUCCUAUUAUCCAAAAUCCUGUAUGACUAACAUAGUUUUCCACCUGCAGGAGGACAUGGUGUGUCUGUCCAGCACCGCCAUCGGGGAGAGAGUAUGCUUGGCCGCCGAGGGCUUCGGUAAUCGAACCUGCUUCCUCGAGAACAUCGCCGACAAGAACAACCCUCCGGACCUGUGUCAAUGCGUGUUCGUCAUCGAGCAGGCCCUGUCGGUGCGUGCCCUGCAGGAGCUGGUCACCGCUGCAACUAGUGAGGAGGAGAACGAGGCUGUUGGUAAGGGCACAGGCUCCGGUCAUCGUACUCUCCUCUAUGGCAACGCUGUGCUGUUACGUCAUAUGAACUCCAUGAUGUGCCUGGCCUGCCUCUCCACCAGCUCCUCCAGGGACAAGCUGGCUUUCGACGUCGGCCUCCAAGAGCACACCAAGGGUGAGUCGUGUUGGUGGACCAUCCACCCGGCCAGCAAGCAGAGGUCUGAGGGCGAGAAGGUCAGGGUGGGUGACGACCUAAUUCUCGUCUCUGUGGCCACCGAGCGAUACCUGCAAGCUACCCGGGAGGACGAGCAGAGCAUCGUCAACGCCUCCUUCCAUGUCACCCACUGGUCUGUCAGUCCCUUCGGCACCGGCCUCUCCAGACUCAAGUUCGUCGCGUGUGUGUUCGGUGGGGAGGUGCUCAGGUUCUUCCACGGCGGUGACGAGUGUCUCUCCAUACCCUCCACCUGGUCUGAACAACCGGGGCAAAAUAUUGUGGUGUACGAGGGUGGGUCGGUGACGUCUCAGGCUAGGUCACUGUGGAGGCUGGAGCUGGCCAGGACCAAGUGGGCGGGAGGCUACAUCAACUGGUUUCAUCCUAUGCGUAUCAGACACAUCACUACCGGCAGAUACCUCGGCAUCAACGACCAGAACGACCUCGUCCUCCUUCACAGGGACGAGGCGACGAUAGCUGCGACGGCGUUUUACCUGAGGGAGGAGAAGGACGACAACAAGGUGAUCCUCGAGGACAAGGACUUGGAGAUAAUCGGUACUCCUCUCAUCAAGUAUGGAGACUCCACCGUCAUAAUUCAGCACGUGGAGACCAGCCUCUGGCUCUCCUACAGGGCGUUUGAGAUAAAAAAGAAGGGCGUGGGUAAGGUGGAGGUGAAGCAGGGUACCCUACACGAGGAAGGCAAGAUGGACGACGGCCUUGUCUUCUACAGGAGUCAGGAGGAGGAGUCCCGCACCGGUCGCGUCAUCCGUAAAUGUUCACAUCUGUUCAACUCCUUCAUCAA